AUGUCGCCUGCAGCCAUCAUGAGUGGUUUACCCCGGGUGUUGCUGCUUUCCCCGCCCUCCCUCUCAUCAAACCCUGACAAGCUAGCCGAGCUUAUCAAUCAAUAUGAUAAAAACGCCAGAGACUUGCAAAUGCUAGACCGCCUCGCCGCUGGCCUUGUAUCUCUCCCUGAGUCUACCUACAACCUAGUUUUGCUGCUCACAGGCAUCGAUGGAACAAAUGCAGAAGGCGAGCGAUUGGUGGGACGAGACACACUACAACAGAUUUCUCGAGCACUACAAUCAGGCGGAGUAAUGAAGUACCAAGAUGGAUCUCCUGCCGCUAUUAAUGAACCAACUCGUACUGAAGCAAUAUUAUGCGGAUUUACGGUUAAUGAUAAAGGGGAGCUGAUGAAACCUGCAUUUGAGGAACAAUCGGUUUCAUUGUCAUUUUCGUUUAACAAAAGCCGGAAGCCCAAGAAAGAUACCAAUUCAAAUAAGAAUGAACAGCAGCCAGCAGUACUCCAAAACAACAUAGUGAUGUUGGAUAACAACACGAAUAAUGUGUUUAAUACCCCAGACGGCGAUGAUGAUGAGGAACUAAUCGAUGAGGAUGAAUUGAUUGAUGCGGAUGAGCUUGAAAGACCCAUCAUACAACCGCAGAAACUCCAAGCAGAAGAUAAGCUUCAGCGUGCAAACGCAGACGAGAAGUUAUCUGCGUUAAAAUUGAACUCUGGAGAAAUAGCAGAAGUAGAUUUUACAGUUCAAGGGAAAACUGGAAGUUGCGGAAACUGCUCCCUGGGAGACGCGUUCCGUUGUGACGGUUGCCCGUACAUUGGCCUACCACCGUUCAAACCAGGUGAAGAGGUAAAACUAUUCGAUAAUGACGUGCAAUUGUAG